CGCCUAUCGGAGCCGAGAGAGGAGGCUGAGCCGCUCUCACUGUACAACAAACCCAACGCUGCCGAUUAUUUUCUCGAAAACGUUUGCUAACCGUCAGAAGGAGGUCUGGAGGAGCACCUGUCCGACUUUCUCUCUCCCAGAGCAAACCCUGCUAAGCGCUUUCACACAGACACACUGAGGAAAAAUGAUGGCAGAAUCUCACAAACAUCUAACGCAUUAGAGUCUAUUCACUGGACCCACUCAUUAUACCUCUCCCCUCAUUCUGCACUUCUAAAGCUAUUGGUUUUUAUAGUACAACACACUAAAGGCAACCGAGCAAGAGAGCACACAUGCUAUAGCAUUCCUUAGGCUGUCUUCAUCAUGGCCAGAAGAUCCUUCAUGUACAUCAAUCCAGCUAUUAAGGCAGCACAACAGCGUAGGCGACACAGUGAUAAUUCUGAUUUAUUUGCAAUGCUCGAGCGGAUAAAGAACAGAAUAAUGGAGGAGCAGAAAAGCACACUUCCACCGCCUCUUAAAACUGAAGAAGAUUAUAUUCCUUAUCCAAGUGUUCAUGAGGUGCUGGGACGUAAAGCCCCGUUUCCACUGAUUCUGCUGCCGCAGUUUGGUGGUUACUGGAUCGAGGGGACCAAUCACGAUCUCAGUACCUUCCCUGCUCUGUCUUCCUCAUGUCCAGCCUCCCAGAUUAAACUGGAGAGUAACAGCUCGGCCAAAAUCUACAGGAAACAUUUCCUGGGCAAGGAGCACUUUAAUUAUUACUCUGUGGACACGGCGCUGGGCCACCUUGUCUUCUCAGUGAAGUAUGAUGUGAUCGGGGACCAAGAGCACCUUCGCUUACAGCUUAGGUCGAAGUUCAAAACUUACCAUGAUGUGAUCCCUAUUUCUUGCCUGACCGAGUUCCCCAACGUGGUGCAAAUGGCAAAGCUUGUGUGUGAAGAAGUAAAUGUGGACAGAUUUUAUCCAGUACUCUACCCAAAGGCUUCCAGACUCAUCGUAACCUUUGAUGAACAUGUCAUAAACAACAACUUCAAGUUCGGAGUCAUCUACCAAAAGUUUGGCCAGACAUCAGAAGAGGAGCUCUUUGGGAACAACGUGGAGAGUCCAGCCUUUAUUGAGUUCCUGGAGUUUUUAGGAGAGAAGAUUGAGCUACAUGAUUUUAAAGGGUUUCGUGGGGGUCUUGAUGUCGCACAUGGCCAGACUGGAACUGAGUCAGUGUACCACAAUUUCCACAACAAGGAGAUCAUGUUUCAUGUGUCCACCAAACUACCCUACACUGAAGGAGACUCACAGCAGCUGCAGAGGAAGCGGCAUAUAGGAAAUGACAUUGUGGCGAUCGUGUUUCAAGAGGAAAACACACCGUUUGUACCAGAUAUGAUUGCGUCCAAUUUUCUGCAUGCUUAUGUGGUGGUGCAAGUGGAAAAUGCCUGCACGGACAAUGUCCUUUACAAGGUAUCAGUGACUUCAAGAGAUGAUGUGCCUUUUUUUGGGCCUGCUCUCCCAGACCCAGCAAUUUUCAAAAAAAGUCCAGAGUUCCAUGAGUUUCUCCUUACAAAACUUAUCAACGCUGAAUAUUCCUGCUAUAAGGCUGAGAAGUUUGCUAAGCUGGAGGAGAGAACACGCUCAGCACUUCUGGAGACGUUGUAUGAGGAGUUGCAUGUGAACAGCCAGUGCAUGAUGGGACUGGGAGGAGAAGAUGAGAAACUGGAGAAUGGAGGAGGAGGUGGAGGUGGUGGUUUCUUUGAGUCCUUUAAGAGAGUAAUUCGCAGUAGGAGUCAGUCUAUGGAUGCUAUGGGGCUGAGCAACAAAAAGCCCCACACUUUCUCCACCAGUCACAGUGGCAGCUUUACCCAUAAUCCCCCAGAUAUUACCAAAACACCUGGCAUUUCUCUGAUCAUCCCGGGAAAAAGCCCGACGCGAAAGAAAUCGGGUCCAUUUAGUUCCAGGAGAAGCAGUGCGAUCGGCAUUGAGAAUAUUCAGGAAGUCCAGGAGAAAAGCAGUAGGGAGGUGUCUCCAAGCACACAAAAGAUACCUGAUAGUGGCCAUGCCUUGCAUGAGCUCAAUACUGACAACUCUUCCAAUCACAGUUCGCCUGAGAUGCCUACCACCAGGACUGGAAACAUUAUACUUCGCUGUGUGGAUGACCACACCUAUGUCAUGGCCCUAUGCUGCAGAGCCCCCUCCAUUCCGGAGUCUCACGAUCUGUCUCGGUCCUCGUCCAAUGCUAGCAGUUUCACAAGCGUGGUGGAAGAGAAUGACCAGGAACACGAAGCUACUGAAGACUAUGACACAGGACUGGAAAGCCUGUCUUCUGCCGGUACCCCUCACAAGCGGGAUUCGCUCAUAUACAGCAGUAGCUGGUUUGAUGAAAAUAUAAGCAGUGCUAGCCAAAGCAGCCGACCAGUCGUCUCUCGACAGCUGUCUGACCCCAUUCGGCCCAGGACAGAAAGACAACAAUCUUCUUCGAACUGCUAAGCUUUCUCCCAGACAACUCUAUGAAUGUCCAUCAGCAGUGCUCCUAAAGAGACUAAAGCCAGCUCCUCUGGAGACCCAGUGCAGAAGGAGAGCUGUCAGUCACAGGGCCUGUGGCCAAGAAUCCCAUCCUCGUUUUAAAGACUUGAACUGUUUUUUUUUUUGUUUCUUUCUUUCUUUCUUUGCAUCAUGUAAAUGUAUGUGCUUCCCAGCAUGUUUUGGCUUUAGCAGGUUAUGAAAGCUGUCUGUUACACAGGUCCUAAUGCCUCGGGCUUAUUAGGGAGUGCAUUUCUUUUCUUUAUCUGUCUGCAAUACCAGCAAAGGAUUUUAUGCUUUAAACAGAAAUUUCACACUUUGCCCAUCUCUAUUCUUUUCUCUUUUUAUCCAUCUGUCACUUCUUGUUUAACUUUCACUUCCACAUGCCUUCAAGCACAAUAGAUAUUACUGGUGACUCUAGUUCUUUUCUAUCUCUUUUCUACUUCUGUUUGUGUGUUUGUUUAUUCAUAAUCAUAACAACAGACAGAUGUCAUCUUAUCACUCACAGCUACAAAGCAGCCUGGGAAAAAAAGACAUUCUGAAAAGAAUAAUUUAAAAUCUUAAAUAAGUACAACACAGAACAGGAUAUAAUUUUUUUGCUGCAAAACAGCAAUGAGUGAACACUUACAGCAGUGCAACAGAAUUAUGUUUAAGCUUCUGUCUUAUUUUUAACAGCAGUACAUUUUGUAUUAUUUUUCAUUGGUUUUGUGAUUCUGUAAAUAUCACUAAAUGUUAUUUGUUGUUAAAUGAACUUGUUCUGAAUUAUACAAACCACUUACUAUCUUGUCAGACAGGUAAUUGUAUUUAUAAUAACUUAAACUAUUUAUUUUAUUUUAAACAAGGAUUUAUGGGUGUUUUUAUGCACAUUACACUUUUCACAACUUUAGUUUCCGCAGUAUUUGCAUCAGGAACAAGUUCGAAAAAAUUUUUUUUUUCGAUUUUGAUGAAAUUAUUGUGCAGUUACACACACACAUGCAACGCGUUAAUUUUUCAUUCCGCAGAGCAUAUGAGGUUGAAAUUAUUCACUGUGCUGUCCACUGUGAGACGUUUUCAAGUUGCCUUCUAUAGCUUUAUCUGCUCUGUGUGAAACCCUACUGUGGGCGUCUAGAGGGCGUCAGACUGCUUUAAAAUGUAAAUAACGGUGGGGUUGGGCAAUUGUACGAUAUUUGAUUAAAGCAAAAAUACUAAAAACAAUCAUAGUUUCAAUGUUUCAACCCAAUCUCUAUCUACAAUCAAAUGCAUUCUGCUGUACUGAGGAAAGAACAUUAAACAUGUUUACCUGAAAUUCAGUCAGUAACCAUUUAAACAUACAUGUACAUUAUAUAAAAUAAAAACUACAAGAAAAUCAUCUUUUUAAAUGC